AUGGCCAAGCGAGUUGCAGUGAUUGGAGCUGGUGUGAGUGGCCUGUCCUCCAUCAAAUGCUGCUUGGAUGAGGACCUGCAGCCCAUCUGCUUUGAAAAAAGCAAUGACAUCGGGGGACUGUGGAAGUUCACUGACACAUCUAAAGAUGGGAUGACCAGGGUCUACAAAUCAUUAGUGACAAAUGUCUGCAAAGAAAUGUCAUGUUAUAGUGACUUCCCCUUCCAAGAAGACUACCCCAAUUUCAUGAAGCAUGAGAAAUUUUGGAACUAUCUCCAAGAAUUUGCUAAGCAUUUUGACCUUCUGAAAUAUAUUCGAUUUAGGACCACAGUGUGCAGCAUAACAAAGCAUCCAGACUUUAAUGAAACUGGUCAGUGGGAAGUCGUCACAGACACAGAGGGGAAGCAGGAAAGAGAUGUCUUUGAUGCUGUCAUGGUCUGCACCGGACACUUCCCAAAUCCCUGCUUACCUCUGGAAUCUUUUCCUGGAAUCCAUAAGUUUAAAGGCCAGAUCCUGCACAGUCAAGAUUACAAGACCGCAGGAGACUUUCAAGGCAAACGCGUUUUGGUAAUUGGUCUCGGAAACACUGGAGGGGAUGUUGCCGUGGAGCUCAGUCGAGCAGCUUCUCAGGUAUUUCUCAGUACUAGAACUGGUACCUGGGUUAUUGCCCGCUCUUCAGAUGGGGGCUACCCAUAUAAUAUGAUGAAUACAAGAAGAUGCCAUAAUUUUAUAUCUGAAGUUCUGCCUUUGUGUGUACAAAAGUGGAGUCUAGCAAGGCAGCUGAAUAAAAGAUUUAACCAUGAGAAUUAUGGAUUAAGUAUUACAAAGGGGAAAAAAAUGAAAAUAAUCAUAAAUGAUGAGCUGCCAGUGUGUAUCCUCUGUGGGACUGUGGCCAUAAAAACCUGCGUGAAGGAAUUUACUGAAACCUCUGUCAUCUUUGAAGACAGGACUGUGGAAGAAAACAUAGAUACUGUAAUCUUCUCCACAGGAUACACAGUUUCUUUUCCUUUUCUUGAAGAACCUUUCCAAAGCCUUUGUGCAAAGAAGAUUUUCCUGUACAAGCAAGUCUUUCCCUCAAACCUAGAGAGGACCACACUAGCUAUCAUCGGCCUCAUUAGCCUCACAGGUUCCAUCUUAUCGGCCACGGAGCUCCAGGCCCGAUGGGCCACAAGAGUUUUCAAAGGACUCUGUAAGAUACCUCCAUCCCAAAAAUUGAUGGCUGAGUAUAUGAAAAAGAAAGAACUCAUAGAAAGGGGUGUGAUAAAAGAUACCAGUGAAGAUAAACAUGCCUACAUUCCCUAUAUGGAUGACAUUGCUGCAUGCAUAGGUGCGAAGCCCAAUAUCCCAUUUCUGUUCCUCGUGGAUCCCAGACUAGCUUGGGAAGUUUUCUUUGGGCCAUGCACUCCUUAUCAGUACCGCCUUAUGGGCCCUGGAAAAUGGGAUGGAGCAAGAAAUGCUAUCCUGACCCAGUGGGUCAGGACACUAAAACCUUUAAAAACUCGAAUCGUUCCUAAUUCCUCCACACCUGCCUCCACAUCACACUAUUUAAAAAUUUGGGGGGCACCUAUCCUACUUGCCUCUCUUCUACUGAUUUAUAAGUCUUCACCUUUUUUGAAAACAGUACAAAGUAAACUACAGGAUCAAAUUUCCCCUUACCUAGUAAAAAUUUGGUGGAGAUGA